AUGGCGGAUAAGGAGAGACUUGCGUCGUACGUUGUAGCAGCGGAAACAGGAAGCAAUAUGUCAUCGAAUGGAAAGAAACGCUUAGAAUGGUAUUAUGCGCCGGCUUUUCUACUGUUUUGGUUUGUCUUGUUGGUGGCAGUCGUUCUACCAGUUUUCUUCCAUCUACCAGAAGGCGUAAGGAUCGAAGAUGAACACACUCGUUCAGGAGAGUUCGUCGCAGAGCGCGCAGAGCGUAUUCUGUUCGAUUUUGAAAUGAUUGGCCCAAAAGUUGUAGGUAGCUUUGCAAAUGAAAAUCUUACCGUCCAGCUGCUGUACGAUGAAAUAGAGCUUAUACGACGAAGCAUGCACCACGAUCUGUACGAAUUGGAAGUGGACGUACAAAUUGUUUCAGGUGCCUAUAUGCAUUGGACAAUGGUCAAUAUGUAUCAGGGUCUGCAGAAUUUUGUGGUCAAAUUGAGUAGCAAAAAUUCAACAUCCCAAAACUAUCUGCUGAUUAACAGUCACUUUGACUCCAAGCCUGGCAGCCCAGGGUCUGGAGACGACGGAGCUAUGGUGGUUGUUAUGUUAGAAAUUCUACGAGUUCUUGCUACAUCUCGUGAGCCCUUCACACAUCCCAUUGUUUUCUUAUUCAAUGGAGCAGAAGAAAAUCCUCUGCAGGCUUCUCAUGGUUUUAUAACACAGCACAAAUGGGCCCAAAACUGCAGAGCUUUAAUAAAUCUAGACUCAGCUGGAAGUGGUCACAAGGAAAUUCUUUUUCAAUCGGGUCCAAAUCACCCAUGGCUAAUGAAGUACUACAGUAAAUAUGCGAAAAGGCCCUAUGCCACAUCUAUUGCUGAGGAACUGUUUCAGUCAAAUAUAAUACCAUCGGACACUGAUUUUCGGAUAUUCCGAGAUUAUGGUCAUGUACCUGGUUUGGAUUUUGCUCACUCUUACAACGGAUAUGUAUAUCAUACAAAAUUUGACAAAUUUAAUGUGAUUCCCAGAGGGACACUACAGAACACGGGUGAUAAUAUUCUAAGUCUCACUAGGGCCUUCGCCAAUGCCCCGGAAAUGGAGGACCCGGCGAAACACGCCGAUGGACACUCUAUUUUUUAUGACUUUAUGGGAUUGUUUUUUAUUUAUUAUACGGAAACUCAAGGCCAAAUUAUAAACACCUGUGUAUCAGCUAUUGUCAUUAUUGCUAUAGGGAUAUCAUUUUGGCGAAUGGCUGCAUGCUCAUACAUGUCUAUUGGCAAAAUUAUGAAAACCUUUGCCCUUAUUGAAAUUUUACACUUGCUUGGAAUUGUCAUGGCAUUAGGCUUGCCUUUACUAAUGGCUGUGAUGUUUGAUGCAGGUGAUCGUUCCAUGACUUGGUUCUCCCAGAAGUGGUUGGUGUUUGGCUUGUAUAUAUGCCCCAGCAUGCUCGGUUUGUGCCUGCCUACUCUAUUCUAUUUGAGUUACAACAGAAAUGAUAAGCUUCGAAAAUCGUUUAAGGUUCAAAUGAUUCUUCAUGCUCAUGCGUUGUUUCUAUCUCUGCUGUGUAUUGUAUUAACAUUUAUGGGAUUACGUAGUUCGUAUAUAUUUAUGAUUUCCUUACUCUUCUACGGAAUGGCUUUGAUUUUGAAUAUGCUAUCAACACUGCAUAAUAGAGGAAAACUUUGGGCAAUUUUGGUUAUUUUAAGCCAGAUCUUACCCUUCCUAUACACUGCGUAUAUAUUCUUUGCCCUAAGUAGCACAUUGAUGCCAAUGAUGGGUCGAUUUGGUACUGGAACCAAUCCCGAUCUACUAGUAGGUGGACUAUGUGCUUUGGGGACGAUUUUGGCAAUGGGAUUUGUGGCUCCUAUGGUUAGCAUGUUCCGUCAUUCGAAGUCUAUUCUUUUGACAUUGUUGGGCAUAACAUUUAUAUUCUCCAUGAUAGCUGUUAGUCCCGUAGGAUUUCCCUACAGGGCAAAAACAAACGUUGGUAGAGUUAACUUCCUUAAUGUCCAAAGAGUAUUCUAUGAAUACGACGGCAGUGUUAGUAAAAAUGAAUCUGGGUAUUAUUUUGAUUUUCAAGAUAGACGAAUACACUAUCCCAUCCAAGAACACAUAGAUUUAAGUAAGAUGGAAAGUGUGGCCGAUGAUUGUGAUGAAAUGAUGAUGUGUGGUUUGCCACUGUUCAAUCAUCGCUGGUUCAAGUCGAGAAUGAGAGGCGUAUGGCUGCCCUCCGAUGAACCGGUCGAAAUCCCACAGACGCCGAUACUAACACUAGUCAAUAAAACGAUUAACACUGCAACAAACAUUGUAAGAUACAAUUUCAGGCUCAGUGGGCCGCCGCAUAUGAGUAUAUUUUUACUACCUAUUGAUGGCGUAACGGUGUUGGAUUGGAGUUUUUUGAAGGCCAUGUUACACGAUAAGGAUACGUACCAACCUCCCUAUCAUAUUUAUUUUUCCUAUGGAAAAGUUUCAACUCCACUGGAUUUUUAUUUUGAUUUAAAGGUUGGAGACAUUAGCCUAGAAACCCACCUAUUCGAAUUGGGCAUCGCUGGUCAUUAUAUUAAUUUUGAUUUCCCACGCAGUAAACAGGCACAAGCUUUUAUUGACAGUUUCCCAGAUUACAUUUUUGUAAUGGAAUGGCCUAGUUCAUACGAACGUUAUUUAUUUUAAAAG